GCAGGCAGGCAGACCCGCCGCACUCGGCUCUCGGCUCUGCAGUAGGCAAGAGGGAUCCAAGCGCGGCUCUCGUCCCGUCGUCUCUCGAUUCACCUGCCAAACAACACCGCAGCUGGGCCAAACGCCAAACAGUUUCCUGACUCUGUUUCAAUCUAGUGGAAAUGUGCUUCUCUGUGUAAAACGAUGCAGUUCGCGCUUCGUGCCACCACCGGAUUAUAGAUUCGCGUUUCUCUUUCCUCGCAAUCGCCCAAAGAUGACUGCUCCGACGGCCCUGCUGCUUCUUCUCCUGUUUCCGGCACUUCUCGUGCAAGGCCUGAACACUCAAGCAGACAUCGCCGGACUGGUUGGAGACACAAUGUUGCUGCCGUGCGAAAUUGACACAGAAAAGUGCGGCGAGCUGCAUUCGAUCAAGUGGUAUCGUGGUUCAUCUCGAAUAUUCGUCUUCAGCGAAGCUGCCAAAAUCGCCAGAGCAGAGGGAGAGUACUCUGGACGGGCCGAGCUGCACUACACGACCAAUAUGUCGCGAUCGCACCUGGAGAUUCGUCAGCUGCAGCUGGCGGACGAAGCAGUCUACAAGUGCGAAAUCACUUUCCUCGAAGUUCGCGAGGGAUGUGCAGUGGUGCAGUUCGUCAAUCUCACCGCCCUCAUCAAGCCAGAGUACGUCAAAGUUUUCAACGAGGACGGCAGCGAAAUCAGCAGUUCGAUGCUAAUUGGUCCGUUCCAAGAGGGACAAGAACUGAAACUAAGUUGCCAAUCCGGAGGUGGAAAACCAAUUCCAGAUAUUACUUGGUGGAAUGGCACGCAUAAAUUACCUGGUGCCUUCACUGCCGACCCAGGCUCCAACGGAGUGGGCACCGGCGUCAACAGACUGCAGAUGACCCUGAGCAGGGGUGACCUUGGUGCAAAGUACGAGUGCAGGGUGUCCAGCCGGGCCCUGAGCGCGCCGCUCGUCGUCUCCGUUGAGGUCGACGUCAAUGUGCGGCCGCUGCGGCUGGACCUUUCCGGCGUGGAGGAGCACGUGCACGAGGGCACUGAGGUGGUGCUGAGCUGUCACGUGAGCGGCGCCCGGCCGGCCGCCAACAUUACAUGGUACAAUGGCAGCGAGCCCAUCGGGCGCGACGCCACCGUCACAACGCACGCCGCCGUCCAGCAACCAAGCACAAAAAUAGUCAAAUCAGCCGAUGGCACUUACGAAACUCAGAGUGAGCUGCGAUUCAAAGCGACAAGACACGAGAAUGGCGAAACUUUGACCUGCGAAGCAACAAAUCCAGUAAUCACAAAGGAAAAAGAGCGCCCGAUGAAGGACACAGUCACCCUAGAAGUUCUGUACCCGCCAUCUGUGUUUGUCAGCCCUGAAAAUGUGACUGUGAACGAGUCAACGGACGUCCUCCUCUUUUGUCAAUUCGUCGCCAACCCGUCGGUGCUCAACUCGGCUCAGUGGCUGCGCGAUGGCUUGCCCAUUGCGAUCGACGGGGGCGAGCACUACGAGGGCGGCACCCCCCUGCAGCCUACGCUGCUGAUCAAGAACGCAACCCGGCAUGACCAGGGCACUUACUCGUGCGUACUGGAAAACGCCGUCGGCAAGACGGAGUCGCAGAACGUCGCCUACGUCGCCAUAUACUACAAACCGACGGUGAACCUUGUGAUGGAGCCAACGACUGCCGUGAGCGAGACGGAGCGGCUGAACAUCACCCUGGUGUGCAAGGUGGAGGAGGGCAACCCGCCGUCGCUGCUGGCCGUCCGCUGGUACCUGGACAAACAGCUGCUGAAGGAACUGCCCGACUGCCAGCAGUCGACUCCAGCGGGCCCUGGGGAAAACUCGACCUUCUGCGACAUCGACCCAAGCAAGCUGCUGCUCGAGUCUGUCGGCAGGAACUUCCACGGCAACUACAGCUGCGAGGGCAGGAACGAGGGCGGCUGGGGCCCCAUGUCAGACGACAAGGAGCUCGUCGUCUACUAUCCGCCCGGCCAGGCCGCUCUGACGUUUGAGCCCGCGAAGGUGGUCAAGCGCAGCUCGGUCACCCUGAUGUGCAGCAUCGUCGACUACGGACGCCCUGAGGCGACCUCCUUCCGUUGGCUGCGUGGCCAGCAUCCCAUCCACGAGGUCACCUCGGCCAACUUGACCAUCGACCCCGUCAACCUGGAGACUCUCUCCAACUUCACCUGCUUCGCCUACAAUGAGGGCGGAGAGGGCGAGGGCGCCACCGUGUUCGUUGAUGUGUUUGCUCCUCCAGCAUUCAUUGAGCGUCUGCCGCCGUACCAUGGCGCGUUGAUGAACGCGGAGCACAUUUCGCUGUCGUGCCGGAUCGAGUGCCAGCCGGCGUGUGGCGUCAAGUGGCUAAAGGACGGCCAGCCGAUCCCGCUGGGGAUGGCCAAUUCACGCUACACUGUGAAGACCAACAUCCUGCCGCCAGACCCGCGCACCAACGACUUUGAGUCGGUCGUGUCGACGCUCGUGUGGGACAUGAAGCAGUGGCCCAACGGCGAGCUUGACCGCAUAUACGACAACGCCAACUACACAUGCGAGAGCUCGUCGAACGAGGUCGGCCCAGGGGUCAAGAGCACCACUUUCUUCGGGGUCGAAUACCCUCCAGAGAACGUGAGCGUCUCGGUGCCCGUUUUGAGCGUCGUCGAAGGGCACAUUCCUGAGAAGAUCUUGUGCAACGCCAAAGCUUACCCGGAGCCCUCGUAUCAGUGGCACCGCGAGAACGACACCGAAAUAAGCAUGAAAGGCAACGCGCUGAUUCUCAACUAUCCAAUUCCGAGAUCGAAAGGCGGCAAUUACGUGUGCGAAGCCUUCAAUCGUCACGGAAACAUUACGCAUAAAACUUUCAUCAACGUCUUACACAAGCCUGAGUGCGCCAUCACUCAGCGCGAGAUGGAGGGCAAGCUGGUGCUGAUCUGCAACGCGUCGGCCAACCCCACCGACGUCGACUUCACGUGGAAGAUCAAGAACGAGAACGAGACGAUCGAGGAGAACGUGGAGACGCGUGGCCUCGUCAGCAUCCUCACGCUUGAGUCGCGCGUCGAGAAUUUCCGCACGUAUCUCUGCUUCGCCAACAACUCGGUCGGAAUGUCCAUCCCCUGCGAGAGGGACAUCACUGCAUACCAGGAAAGAAGUAACCCUGGCUGGUGGGCGUCGCUGGACAACGACCACAAACUAAUUUUUGCGUCCAUAAUCACCGGCGCCCUGCUCAUGGUGACCGUCAUUUUCAUCAUUCUGUGCAUCGUGUGCCGGCGUAAGAGAGUCGAAGACAAGUACAAUAACUCCGUGGAGUUGGAGGAGAGAGAAAAUCCGGAAGGAGACGCAAAUCUAACGCCGCCGCGGCAGACGGCCACCCCCGGCGGCGGGGGUGGCGAGCAGCAGCCGCCGCCGGCCGCCAUCCACCGCUGGCCGCUGCGGCCCGGAGUCCACGUGCAUGUGAAUGGCGCCCGAAACCUUUUGACCUCCACUCCCACCUCGAGCACCACCUCGUCGACCGGCAAUUUCGUUAGGGCCUCCUCCCAGUACAGUGCCCUGCCACCGGGCGGGCUCGGCCCGCGAAAGCGAGCCAAAGAGCUGGCCAAGGCCACCGUCUACCCCAGCCCCGGUAACGCCAUCAAUAACAAUUCCAUUUCGGCCGCCGACACGAUGAGCCCAGCAGUGGUGACAUUGAAGAAAUUAGAUGGAAGUACGGUUCAGGUUCAGCCUACCAGAAAGCGCAAAAAGCCAGGGCAAGGCCCAAAUCAGUUCGAUAUCCGAGAUAGACUGAGCCAGGACCCAUCCCUAGAUGGCGAUCGCCAGUUCUACGAGAAUCUUCCCUUCCACGGUAUCCAAUCACCACCAAACAAGCCUCGUGUAUUGAGUGUAGAAGCGAACACAGAGACCACGGAGGGGGCGCCGAGCAGGCCGGAGAGCCCGCUGAGUCGGCAGAACUCGUCGGGUUACGGCUCGACCAGGAGCAAGCCCGAGCAGCCAGAGACGCCGACCAAGCUGUCGUCGUCCAACCCCGAGUUGCAGCCGUCGCCCGACGGCAGGAGGGUGGAAGGGCGGCGCAGUCAGAGGGGUUGCGAGACCCUGCCGCGCUCGCAAGGUAGAAAACCGCGGGCGUGCAGUGUGAAUAUCAUCAAGCCGCUCGAGAUCACUCGAGAGCCGUUUGUAAUUAGUCCGGGCACCAAAGUCGCACUGCCGCACAAGACGAUCACGCUCCAGAAAACGGAGAGAGUCGUCACCACGGUCAGCAUCCAGAACAUUACCAACAGCAAUUACAAAAAGCCACCGGCGCCGAUUCCGCCGCCGGGCGUGCCGCUGCCGCCCCCGAGCACCCCCAGCACCCUGCAGCUACCCAAGCGGGCCUCCACGCCCAAGUGUCCCGUCUCGCCCUCUUCCUCCUCCUCAUCCUGCUCCUCGACGUGCUCGUCGGACGCGUCCACGUCGACCGUCCGGCAGUUCCACUCGCUGCAGCGGCCCAAGUCGAUCGAGACGCGGCCCCUGACGAAGGGCUGCAGGGCCAAGUCGACGCCCAACAUCGCGAGCCAGGCCAAGGCGCCCGUCCCCACCCCCCGCUCGCUUAAAACCUCCUUCUCGUUCUCGACCAAGCCUUCCUCGCCUAUCGCACGGGUCUUUGCCAAGCCGCUUUACCAAAACGUGCCUGUCCGAAUUUCCCCUAACAAGAGUGUGCGGAAAGAAGAGCCACUAACCAGACACAUGGAACAGCAUGGCCUUGCCGCCCCCACCCCCGGCCGCCCCCCGGUGUUGCAGAACCAAAGAUCAAAGAGUACGAAAAACCGAAAGUCGAUGCAGUUCAGCCGGCACCCGUCGACGAGUAGCAGUUCGAGUUCGAGCAGCCUCAGCUCCAGCUCGUUUCCAAACAACGUGCGCAACAACCACCGGACCUACAUCCCCAACCACAUCCACGUGCCGCCGGCGCCGAUGGCCGAGCAGCUCUACUACCCCGGCCAGAAUCACUACUACCAGCCGCAGCAGCCGCCCCCGCAGCUGCAGUUGAACGGUCCGUACGCGAACCACCACUCGCGCACGAUGCCGCGGCACCCGCCGUCGUACAACAACCGCUUCCACUACCCCUCGCCCAUCGAGCCCAACGGCAUCAUCUACGGCAGCGAGCUGCUCGACCAAAACCACCAUUAUUCGCGGAUGAGCCAGUCGUCGCAGUACCUUCCCCAGCUGCACCAGCAGCAGCAGCCCUCGCAAGACCACCACUCGCCAGUGCACAGACCGGACCACAUGACCGACAAUCCGGUGCUCAAGUUCCACGGCUCAGUAGGCAAAGAGAUUGACGUCUAGAGGAGCUGGUGCCGAAAGCCAGUAUAACAUACAUUUAUUAGGAGCCAUUCUGCCUGCAUACUUCCGUACAAGCCUGAUCUUGAGGAUCUCGUCUAUGCGGAUGUUGACUAUCGCUCCUAUGGCCCGAUCAACUAUAAAGCAGC